AUGCGCGGUGACGUUACAGUGACGCCACCACAUUAUUUGUCCAAGCGCUUCCGGCGCAUGCUUAAAGCUGGUCCGUCAUCCGUAAAUUUACGAGAAUUCUCAAGCCAUGUGCUCGAGGUGGGACGCCAGUUAUUGCCAUACAUAAGUGAGGACGAACAAAGCGAGAUUGACGAAAUCUUGCGUCUUUGCUUUGGUGGCGAACGCUAUCGCGAUCUUCUUAAUAACGCAAUGAGCUCAUUGGAAGAGGACACGACGGAAUUUACUCGCAAGCUCACGCAGAACGAGAAGAAAAUUUUUGAUGCUGGGAUUCGUGACGCUAAAGACUUUAUGCAAUGGAAAGGUCGAAAUGCUGAGACAAUUACUGUUGCCUCUGUUGUUCAGAAUUCGCUAAAGAAGCGAAAACUCCAAGGAUAA